CCCUGGAAGCAGUUCCGGGAAACCCCGCGUGCUGCCGGGAUCGCGUCUCUGUCCAUGAGGGGGGGAGGGGGUGGCGCGCGCGCCAUUUCUAGUCGUUUUCAAAGCGCCUCGCGCUGAUUCUCACGGGCCCGGCCGGCGGCCCCAGCUCUGCCCUGCAGCAUAAUAAAAUGGCUAAUCAGGUGAAUGGUAAUGCGGUACAGUUAAAAGAAGAGGAAGAACCAAUGGAUACUUCCAGUGUAACUCACACAGAACACUACAAGACACUGAUAGAGGCAGGCCUCCCACAGAAGGUGGCAGAAAGACUUGAUGAAAUAUUUCAGACAGGAUUGGUAGCUUAUGUCGAUCUUGAUGAAAGAGCAAUUGAUGCUCUCAGGGAAUUUAAUGAAGAAGGAGCUCUGUCUGUACUACAACAGUUCAAGGAAAGUGACUUAUCACAUGUUCAGAACAAAAGUGCAUUUUUAUGUGGAGUUAUGAAGACCUACAGGCAAAGGGAGAAGCAGGGGAGCAAGGUGCAAGAGUCCACAAAGGGACCUGAUGAAGCAAAGAUCAAGGCGUUGCUUGAGAGGACUGGCUAUACUCUGGAUGUAACCACAGGACAGAGGAAGUAUGGCGGUCCUCCGCCAGACAGUGUGUACUCGGGUGUGCAACCGGGAAUUGGAACAGAAGUCUUUGUAGGUAAAAUACCAAGAGAUUUAUAUGAGGAUGAGUUGGUACCCCUUUUCGAAAAGGCUGGUCCCAUUUGGGAUCUACGUCUUAUGAUGGAUCCACUGUCUGGUCAGAACAGAGGGUAUGCAUUUAUCACCUUCUGUGGAAAGGAAGCUGCACAGGAAGCUGUUAAACUGUGUGACAGCUAUGAAAUUCGCCCUGGUAAACACCUUGGAGUGUGCAUUUCUGUGGCAAACAACAGGCUUUUUGUUGGAUCAAUUCCGAAGAAUAAGACUAAGGAAAACAUUCUGGAAGAAUUCAGUAAAGUCACAGGUUUAACAGAGGGUUUGGUGGACGUUAUUCUCUAUCAUCAACCCGAUGACAAAAAGAAGAAUCGGGGGUUCUGCUUCCUUGAAUAUGAGGAUCACAAGUCAGCAGCACAAGCCAGACGCCGGCUGAUGAGUGGAAAAGUAAAAGUAUGGGGAAAUGUAGUUACAGUUGAAUGGGCUGACCCUGUGGAAGAACCAGAUCCAGAAGUCAUGGCUAAGGUGAAAGUUUUAUUUGUGAGAAACUUGGCUACUACAGUGACAGAAGAAAUAUUGGAAAAGUCAUUUUCUGAAUUUGGAAAACUCGAAAGAGUGAAGAAGUUGAAAGAUUAUGCAUUUGUUCAUUUUGAAGACAGAGGAGCAGCUGUUAAGGCCAUGGAUGAAAUGAAUGGCAAAGAAAUAGAAGGGGAAGAAAUUGAAAUAGUCUUAGCCAAGCCACCAGACAAGAAAAGGAAAGAGCGCCAAGCUGCUAGACAGGCUUCCAGAAGCACUGCGUAUGAAGAUUAUUACUAUCACCCUCCUCCUCGUAUGCCACCUCCAAUUAGAGGUCGGGGUCGUGGUGGGGGGAGAGGUGGAUAUGGCUACCCUCCAGAUUACUAUGGCUAUGAAGAUUACUAUGAUGAUUACUAUGGUUAUGAUUAUCACGACUAUCGUGGAGGCUAUGAAGAUCCCUACUACGGCUAUGAUGAUGGCUAUGCAGUAAGAGGAAGAGGAGGAGGAAGGGGAGGGCGAGGUGCUCCACCACCACCAAGGGGGCGGGGAGCACCACCUCCAAGAGGUAGAGCUGGCUAUUCACAGAGGGGGGCACCUUUGGGACCACCAAGAGGCUCUAGGGGUGGCAGAGGGGGUCCUGCACAACAGCAGAGAGGCCGUGGUUCCCGUGGAUCUCGGGGCAAUCGUGGGGGCAAUGUAGGAGGCAAGAGAAAGGCAGAUGGGUACAACCAACCUGAUUCCAAGCGCCGUCAGACCAACAACCAACAGAACUGGGGUUCCCAACCCAUCGCUCAGCAGCCGCUUCAACAAGGUGGUGACUAUUCUGGUAACUAUGGUUACAAUAAUGACAACCAGGAAUUUUAUCAGGAUACUUAUGGGCAACAGUGGAAAUAGACAAGUGAGGGCUUGAAAAUGAUAUUGGCAAGAUCCGAUUGGCUCUAGAUCUACAUUCUUCAAAAAAAAAAUUGGCUUAACUGUUUCAUCUUAAAGUAGCAGUUUGCUGCCAUUUGUAUUGGGCUGAAGAAAUCACUAUUGUAUAUAUACUCAAGUCUUUUUAUUUUUUUCCUCUUUUCAUAAAUGCUCUUGGACAUUAUUGGGCUUGCAGAGUUCCCUUAUUCUGGGGGUUACAAUGCUUUUAUCGUUUCAGGCUUCAUUUUAGUUUCAAAAACAAGCUGAGCACACUGUUAAAUCAUGAUUUUGCAGAACCUUUGGUUUUGAACAGUUUCAUUUUUUUUUGGAUUUGGGAUAGAUUACAUAGGAGUAUGGAGUAUGCUGUAAAUAAAAAUACAAGCUAGUGCUUUGUCUUAGUAGUUUUAAGAAAUUAAAGCAAACAAAUUUAAGUUUUCUUGUAUUGAAAAUAACCUAUGAUUGUAUGUUUUGCAUUCCUAGAAGUAGGUUAACUGUGUUUUUAAAUUGUUAUAACUUCACACCUUUUUGAAAUCUGCCCUACAAAAUUUGUUUGGCUUAAACGUCAAAGCCGUGACAAUUUGUUCUUUGAUGUGAUUGUAUUUCCAAUUUCUUGUUCAUGUAAGAUUUCAAUAAAACUAAAAAAUCUAUUCAAAACAUUACCUAUUUCAAAUUCAAUUGUGUCCUAAAACAUUAUUUUAUUCGUAAUCCUUGCGAGGAAUAUUGUUUUCAAAUUAUAACUGCCUAUGUGAGUGAUCAAAUUCAUGCAAAAUUUCUUGUCUAUUCCAAUAUGUACCGUGGCUAUCAGACUGAGAAUUAGUCUAAAUUCUAGUAUUUAUUCCAAAUAACACUUUAUUGGUUGGUGUUCUCUCAUAGUCUCUUCUAAUUUUGAAAUUUUAUCCUUUAUUUUUAUAAAAACAGGUUCAAAGGCUUUUGAACAUUCUUGCAGGCAUUGGAUAAUUUGCGUUAAAUAAAAAUGGGGCUGGGGAAGCAGACUGCAAUUUAUUUUGACCCACAUUCUUUCUAUAAAGGAUAAUUUGUUGCCUGAAGAACUUACUUGCUGGAUAAGUGAAUGUAUAACAGGAAAAAAUGUUAGUACUGUGGCGUCAAUUGCACUGCGGACUAAACAUCAAUUUUAGCGUACAUGAUUGUGACUAUCACUUCAGUUACUGGUUUAGGAAUAUAAUUUCCAAUUGUAAAUUUGCUUUGAGAAGCACUCAUGCCUUUUAAGAGAGGCUUAAAAAUUCCCACUUCUGACUUUCUGUUAAUACCUUACUUUUAUUUUAUUUUUUUUUACUACCCUCCUGGCUAAAGUUUUUAUUGGCCGAGUUAUAACACCUAUUUCCCUGUUUCCUUUAGAAAUUCUGAAUUAUUGCAAUGGCAGUUUUACUUGAGAAUAAGAGGAACAAAAGAAUCCCAACUUGACAGUGCAGAAAAGUCUGGAUCACUUUCAAAUUACCAUAAAAUUUUCCCUUAUGUUUUAUUCUUAGGUGGGUCUAAAAUGUCGUUAAAUUAUAAAAAUAAGCCAUUAGAGAAUAAUUAAUUAAAAUGGACACACCUUUAUUAUGUGUUUUGUUCCUGUUUGGUGUCUUUUAUGACAGCAGUAGUAAAUUUCAAAAUCAUAAGCCACUUAAUAUGAAUGUGCUUAGAUCAUAUUUUGGGUUUCAUGGCUUCUCUUUUGACUUCAAAUAAGAGAAUACUUACUGAUGAAAGUCUAUAUCUCAUUUCUCUUUAAAAGUACACUUAUUAUAUAAUUCAGUAAGUUAAUAGGCCUUAUUAAUAUUCCUUUUGUUUUUGGAAACUCAUAAAGGAAUUAUAUAAGUCUGUUGUAUUUUCAAAUUAACAUGGGUAUCUGUUUGGUAAAGCUUAGAUCUAGUUGUUUUUCUUAUGCCCAUGUAUGCAAGUAAAGACACCAAACAUUCUUUAAAUGCUGCUUUUAAACUUUGAAAAUACAGUCUGUAGUUGUAGCAAUAAGCCUAAAUUAGACUUAAAUAUAAUCCUGAAUUUUCUUGGAAAGAAGAAAGCAUUUACAAGUAAAACUUGAAUUGUUUGUAUUUUUUAAAAAUUUGAUGUUACCAGCUACAAAGUCGCUAUGAAGAAAAUUAGGAAUGGGAAAAACAGUGAUUCUGAAACAGAUUAAUUUAUUUUGCUUCCCCUACCCAUCCUAAAAUAUAAACCCUAGCAAAAACAUAAGACUAAAUAAAAUUUGGGUCCCAUGUCAAAACCCUUUCCUUUAAUUGCAAAUAAUAUUUUACUCUCAUCUAUUAAAAUAUGCCUGAGUUGUCCCUCUAAUAUUGCUUUAUAGGGUUUUUGUAGCUAUUUUAUUCAAUAGAAAAACACAACUUUUUGAGCAUUAAAUCUCAUUUUAGAGCUUUUUCCCUUGUUGAUGUCUUGUAAACUAUUGCGGUAGCAGCAGAGAAAAUAGAUUAAGAGCUUAACUUUUCACAGAAAUAAAUCUAACCAUCUAAUCUAUAAACCUCAAAUAUGUCCAUUGAGGAGGUCUUUGUUUUAGAUUUUCAUUAGGUGUUUUAUUUUAAUGAAUUUUUUUAAUGAGUUCUGGGAAAUUUCAUUUCCUGCUCUUGUGCCAUCUUUUUUGUUCCCCAACCUAAUUCAUUUGCUUUUACUUAUGAGCCUGCUGCAGUAAUGUGCGUUGGGAAAUCUAUUUAUUUCAUAUUGAGGCCAACCUCUUCAUAGGUACCCUCCUGAGACUGACAUAAAUAUACCCCUUCCCCAUAAUGGAAUGCUAAUUUUUAUUUGAUCACUCAUUUAUAGCAGUUGCUUAAAUGUAUGUAUUUAUAUGAUGGUGUUUUAAUUUUUUAAAAGCAAAAAAGUUCUAAUAAGUUGCCAGAUUUCUAAUAAAUCCAAGUUUAUUUGAUCAAUUGAUAUGGAAAUUGAGUUACUAUGGUUCUGUAGUUAGUUUUUUAAGCGAAAGUUCAGCAUAAUUGUUUUUCAGUUUUCUUAGUUACUGGGGUUAUUCUGCAUAAGAAAGCCCAAUGCUUUCUGCUAGUAGACAAUUUUUCUCUCAUUUGACUUUGAAAUCUGACUUAGGAGGUGAACCCUCUUUUUAAAAAGAACAGCAUGCAUCAAAAUAAAUUUUGUUUUAAAUUCCAAAAGAGAAGAGACCUAAAAUUCCAUUCCUAGCAUAAAGCCACAUAAUAUUCUUGAAACUCAUUACAUCAUUUGCCUCCUGCCCAUUUGGAUAAUCAUACCUGUGUUUUAUUAAUUGUGUAUUAUUUGUAAAAACCAAAACCCUUCCAGUAAAUACUUGCUAUAAGGCUAUUAUUUGUCAAUUAUAAAGACUUUUACAUAUGGUAAAAUUUGCAGUUUUGAUUUUCCAAAGAGGAUUUUGUUACAUUGAGCUAUCCAGUAUUCUUAAAGAAAACCAACUGAAGUAUGUGGAAGAAAUUUUAAUGUUAGUUUUGUCCCUUACCGUGUGGCAUUUCUUAAGUGAGCAGCUAAGAAAAAGCCUUAUAGAAAGAGUGCACUGGAUUUAUAAGUGUGUUUAUGUUUCUCUAAGAAUGGGAGCUUCUGUUAACUUAGUUCUGAGUAAGCCUGGGGAUUGGGUGACUGACUAGAGAAUUCAGAAUGACAAAUCCACUAACCAAGCAUGUUUACUUUUGCACUAGAAGUUUGUGAUUAGUUUUGAUUUUUGAAAUGCAAACACCAAGCCUUAAAAGUACUGCAUAUUUAAUGUAUUAGUCAGCAAUUAAUAUUUGUAUUUAAUUUGAAGUGUAGUUACUGUUAAUCUUUCUAGAAUAGUUUUUUUUUCUUCUUAAAUAUAUAUACAUACGUAUUUUUUAUUUAGAGGUUACCAGAAGCUCUGGGUUUUUUGUUUUGUUUUUGUUUUUUAACCAUUUUCAGAUGUUAUCCAGAAAUCUGCAAGUGUACUUUUCCUGUUUUAACUCCUUCCUUUUAUCACCUGACUAUCAGGGAAGCGAGGUUGAGGCUGCCCUGACCUGACAUGUCAUGAUGUCGACUUGCUAGGUGGGGUUCGCUGGGGACGAUAACCAGUGGAAUUGUUGGUAAGAAAUUUUUUUUUCCUAUUUUUUUUUUAUCAGUAGUGGGGCAUUAAGUGUGGGAGGAUGCCCAUAUUUUAUAAGUGGGCAUUUAUGUUGGCCUUGUAGACAAAUAAGACAUAAUAUUAAAUAAUUUUGUUCUUAAUAGGAACAUAUAAUAAGUACUUCAUACUUUGUAUUGUCAAAUUAUAGUUUAGCAGGAAAGGCCUGCAAGUAUGAAGUAAUGAAAUACUCAGGGUAUAUUUUAAGUGAUCGAAAUAGACACCUUACAAGAUAGACUCUAAAGUCUCUUAGACAAUAAAUUUGCUUUUAUUUUACUGUGAUUUCAAUCCCUCUAAUAUCUUUAUUAUGUUUGCAUUUUUAUUGGGUAACUUAACACAUAGUUCAUCUUAAGAGAUGUUUAUUGCACGCUAAUUUUAGUAAAAGUAGGAAGGUGUUGAUAGAAUGGAGGGUUUCAUAAGCAUUAGGAGAAAUUAUUUUUAAAUCUUCCAGAAAAUUUUAACAUUGUAAAAUGAAACUUAAAAGUUCUAGCAGUUUCAUAAACGGCAGAGGGCUUGUUUUAAAGAUACAUUUGAUAUAAUGACUUUGGGUCAAGAGGAAAUUACAUAGCUAAAAUACUAGGACCUUGAACAGAGUGAAACCACAGAUCUGUCAACAACUGUGUUUUGUCUGAAACCCAGGACAGCUGCUGGGAUUAGUAGACACUGGUAGAAUUUAGGAGUCCGUUUUUAGAUGAUUACUUAAGAUUAAAAUCUCUCAUAAUGGAGGAUUCCAUGAUAGUAAAUAAAUUAAGGAAAUUACCUUUAAUAACUAAGCAUUUCUGACCAUAACCCAUAAAAAAUAAUUGUAAUAAGUCUGAUUAAAAGUAAUUAUUCAUGCCUGAAGAACCUCCCUAAUAUUCUUAUGCCUUCUUUCUCAGUUGAGUGUAUCAGUCUAGGAAGAAUCUCUUAGAUGUAUGUUAAACGUUCUAGUGUCCUGAAAUCUUGUCUGUAAGCUUGCUAUAGAUUACCUGUAAAUCGCUACAAUGAAAUUGUACUUUAAAAAUUGCAGUAAUUGCAUUAUUUUGUUGAGGUACUUGUUUCUCUUUUGACAUAUUAUAUGUGUGUAUCAGUGAUAGAAAAGAUAGAGAUUGCACUAAUAAUGGUGCUCUUUGGAAAACUUGUUAUAGUAAGUAGUAGGAACACUCAAGUGAUUCUGAGGGGUUCAUCUAAGUUAAGGAAAACGCAGUACAAACUCUAGUUAGCUUUUAUAUACUAACAGUAAAACACAUUUCAUGGGGUCAGAAAAGUAGAUAUUACAGGGGAAGACUUAAAUUCCUCAAAUAUAAACAAGGGCUUUCAUUUUAUGUAGUAACUUUGUUAGGAUCCUGUGAACAUUACUUUUCUUGAUUUCUCAUCUGUGAUGGUUGGACAAAAGGGACUUUUCUAGCUUGUUCAGUAACAUAGGUAGAAUUGUACUUUAAUGAAUCCAAUUAAGAUGUUUAGUACUAUGUUAUAAGGCUAUUUAUAUAAUUGAGCUGAAAGCUCCUGCAGACACUACAUUGCUAUAUGCACACAGUAAUAUGAGAAUAUCAAAAUAGGACCAUUUGCAAGACCACUUAAUCAGUUUAAUAAAAAUCGUGCUUUUGGUACAGUGUUCAGGUACCAUAACUGUAUUGGAAUAUUUGUACAAUGUUAAAUAUUCUUAAUAAAAUCUAAUAUGUUCAAAAUGUUGUGUUGGUGAUUUUGGGUGGGGCGUGCUGAUUUCAAUUGUGGAAAACAGAUUCAGUAUUUCUAUAAUUGAGACUUUUGUGGUCAAAUGGAGUUCCUGUCUUCAGAUUCAGUACUAGAUAUUGGGCAACUUUUGAAGGAAGGUAGUGAAGGAGUGGGAAGAAGUAAAAAUAAAAGGGCCGAAAUUGAGGGGGUUAUUAAAGUGUCAGGAAGUAGCUUUACUGGGGGGUUAGACCUGGGUCUACAGGUGUAAGAUGGGAAUGUUGGCUUUGGCAUAACAGGCUGCCACUAACUUUUUCUGAUAUAAUUAUGGCAUUUGGAAAUGAUACCAGAAAACAUACAGAGGUGGACAAAAGUAAACACUUAACGCAGUGUUUUCAGUAGGCAUUUUAUUCCCCUGGUGUUCUUGACCCCUUGACAUAACAUGUCAGCAGGUGAAGAAGUGGUGAGGGAAUAUUUCAGGAAGGCUGUGUUGGAGGGACAUCAUUGGGAAAUGUCUCCAAUAUACAAGAAGUACCAUAUCAAGAGCUAAUUCUUAAACUUUACGAGGAUUUCUCUUUUAAUACUGAUCCCAUUCUGUUGAGGAGAGCCCUAAUACAGUACUUAUUCUCAUGAGUUCUUUCUACCAAAAGAGGUAGAAAUUUUGCAACUCAGAUGGAAAUUUACUUGAAAUAAUGUGCUCAUUUUUCUGCAGAUAUGUACCAGUAACAGCAAAAAAAGAUCUAGGAGGAAAGUGAUAGAGACCUAAUGAUCUAUAAACAAAUUGAGUGAGAAACCCUUCACAGGGAGUAUUCUGCCUUGUUUCUUUGAAAUGAAGACUGUUAAAUAAAUGUGAGCUAAUAGAGGGGAAAAAAAGUGAUUGCCCUAUUGUUUUAAUAUAAGAAGAGUAGACAAAAUACUUCCUCUAGGUCAGUAUUUUCCAGAAAGAUUUUAUUGUUUUUGUUUUCCUUUUGUCCAAAAUCAACAGAUCAUUCACUGAGACAGGAAGGAAUGUUCUAACAGAAAAAAAUAUUUAAACUUGGGCCGCUUUGAAUGUUGACAGAGUUGGGGUUAGGAUCGGCAGCUUACUGAUUUAUGGUGUGUUUUUUUCCAAAAAUAAGAGACCUUGCUUUUGACAAUGGAUUUAGGCUUAGGCUCUUGGUAUCUUUUGGCUCUACCUAAAGCCCUGAAUUUAUUUAGUUUAUGUUUUAGAAAUAAUUAGAUUUUAUUAGAUAUUUUCAGUGGAGUGUAUUAUAUUCACGUAGGGGACUAUUUUCUGCCUAUAGCUAUGAAAAACACAUUUCUAUUGACUUACACUUGAAAUUUGUGACUGAACUCAAUCAUGUAUAGGCAUUUCCUCAAAAACUAAGAAGCAAAAGUAGUGUUUUAUUCAACUAUUUACCUAAAAUUCCCAAAGGGUGAUUUUUAGGUCCGCCUAGCCAUUUAUUAGGAGGGCAGGAGCUUAAAAUUAGUUACAAAAUCGUACAACUCAAGUCAUGCCUUUAAAAUAACAGGUUCGCUCACUUUAAAAUUAUUUUUUACAAGGAUAAAGGUGAGGACCUGUAUUGUCAAGGAUAGUGACAUUGGGGUGGGGGGGGGGGCGGGAAGGAGUUCAGCUUCAAUUUUCAGUAAAAGGGAACAUAUUUCCUUAAAUAUGAAAAUACUGCAUUAUCAAAGAUUUCAUAUACUGUAUCAAUCAAGCACUGUUGAAUAGAAUUUGGAGACAAAAACAUGCCUAUACUUCCAAUACUUGAGUUAGGAAUCCUUUAAAUCUGCACAUAUCAGUUGUCUGGGUUUGUAUGUAAGUAGAUCAAACAGCAGUGAAUAUUGUUUAAAAAGCCAUUACUGUUUUUGUCAGCUAAAUGGUUAUUUUGAAAUAUUUGUGUUUUAUAUUGAUCAAAAUAUUAUCAAAAAUUGUUUUUGUUAAGCCUAUUGAUUAUAAAGGGGUUUAUAUAUUUUGCUGAAUUGGUGUGGUCAGAGCAACUUGGGUAUAUUUCUGGCAAGUUAUGAUAUAACUAAAUAUUUUUGGUUAGAUGUUUAACCAAACAUGUUUAACAUUGGCUGGUCAUAUUGAAACUUUCCAUGCUUCCUGUUAAGCAGAACCUUACCAGGUUAAUCAUAUUUAAGUAUAACCUACAUAGAGUUGGUGUGGAAAAAUCUGAUCUGUCUAAAUACAACCAACAAUUACUAUUUUUAUUAAAACUUCUUUUAAAGUAAUGAGUAAGUAUGUUAGUUGUAACAUCGUUUCUAUUUAACUUUUCAAAAUAGGAAAAAAGAUAUAUGAGACCAUUUGUUGCAUUUGUCAAAAUAAUAUUGAAAAAGCUUGUGAUUAUUUUAAUUUUCAAGUUAAAAACUGUUUAGGUCCCAAUUCAUCAUUCAACAGUAUUUCUCAAACUUCAGUGUGGGUGGAAAUCCCUGGGGAUUUUUUUUUUUUUUUAAUACAUAUUACAAUUCAAUGGAUUUGCAAUGGGGUAGGAAUUUGCAUUUCUAACAUGCUUCUAGGUGAUGCCAGUGUCCCUGACUACACUUUGAGUAAUAGAUUAUCUCACACCCCUCUGGGGAUUCAGAGUAGACCUUAGUAGAAAAGAUACCAGCAAUAGAUACUUGCAGUGGUUUGCAGGAUCUGGUUGGUCCAGUUGGAAAUUUAAAACUUUGGGAAAGGCCACCACAUAUAUUAAUAGUGUUCAAGAUCCAGAGGAAAGUUUAGGAGCAUAGUUUGCAAGAAAAUGAAAGGAGUUUAGAAAAACAGGCUUUAAUAAAGUUUUAAACAAUUAAUGGAAAAUAACAAUAGGAAAGAGCAAAAAAGAUCAGGUCGCUAAGGACACGUCAUGGCCUGUUUGUUUAGGAAUUAGAUCAGGAAGUGUGUUACAAGAGUCAUGGAAGAUAAAAUAACUUCUGAAAGCUCAGAAAGGGAAAGCUGAUAGGUUACUAAAAAAUACCUGGGUGUUUUUAUUUUUCUUGAGAUUUCAGAACUUUGAAAGAAAAAACAUGGUUAAUAUUCACUAAUUAGAUCAAAGUAAAUCUAGAGUGGGCAGUGAAAAGCUAAAGCAGAUUAAGGAAAAUCCUUAAAGGUGACUUUAAAAUCAAUUUAUAUGGAUUAAGAUCAACAGAUGGGAAAUGCUCGUGAAGAAUAGAAAUGGCAGGUAUGUCUUUUUAUAUAAAGAGAGGCUAGAAGGUAGGUAGUCCCUGAUAAAUUUGGCAAAAUAAUUGGCUUUUUGACUCUCAAACUUUAUUUUGAAAAAUAAAAAUACAGAUGAAGUACAGAAAAUGAAUACUCUGCUGUUUCUUUUCCUUAGCCAAGCUUUUUUCUUCUUAUGGUGGGUUAGUCAUACUAUGGUGUGAGUACUGUAUACCAGGCACUGUGCUAAGGAAUUGCUUGACAUUGUAUAUUAUGUAACCAACAACCCUUUAAGGUAGGUGGUAUUGUCCCCACUUUACAUAUGAGCAACUCAGCAAUUGAGAUUAAGGAAUUUAUUAUAUAUAGCUAGUGGUUCACCUGUCUAUGAAAUGGCAAAACCAGGAUUAAAACCCUUUUCUGCCAGACUCCCAAGUGUACGUUCUCAACUGCUAGGUUGGAAAUAGGCCAAAUAAUGUGAGGUCAGAAUUAAAUGUUGAAUUUUAUGUUUACUUUAAAGUUUAUAUUUUUAUGAACAAUUUUAUGUUUAGUUGAAGGCUGUUGUAAAAAGUUAUGCCUCAAAUAAAGCCAGCCUAAUUUGAAUUUAAAAUCGUUUUGUCCUAGCUUAACGUGGAUGCUUAAAAUGUGUUUUUAUGUCUGUGUUAUGUUGAUAGUUGUCAUUUGUUUUGUUUUUCAUCUGUCAUUCAUCUAUAAAAAUUUAGGCCAAAGUAUCAUUGCAUUUUGUUCUCUGAGAAAGCCAUUUUUUUCACCUAGUCAAAAUUAUACUUGAUUUAGAAAGAGGUGCCACUUUCCAAAUUAUUUGAAAAUUUUAAAUUUCACUUCAACGUAUUUUAUUCACAGAAUCCAAAUUUAUUUUCCUUUUUGAGUUCUGUCUAUACCAGUAUUUUGGCAUUUUUAAAGUAUUAGUAUAUUGGAAUGGCUUAUUGCCAUCAUCUAAUAUUUGUUUUCAGCCCUUUCUGCAUUUUUCAAGGACUUGGUGGAAGAGUCUGUUAAACAGCUUCAUUUAUCUGACCUGAGUGUGUGCGUGUGUGUGUGUGUACGUGUACAUACGCAAGAGCACAAAAAAAAUCACACAUAAAUGUAGUCAGUAUGCUCAGCCCUAAAAUUGGUGGUGUGGAGAACCUACAUAAUACACUCUUACAGUAAAUAUUCUGUCCCCUGAUGCAGAAAGAAAGGUGGUCUUAGAACAUUUUUCUAGAUAAAAUAAUAUGGCGUUAGAUUAUGCCAGGUAUUUUCUGCUGUUCUAUUUCAUGAAAAUCUGAGCCCUAUAGAAAUAAAUAGGUCACUAGAUACCAGUAUUUUUGUUAAAAGCCUAUUAAUUCUUGCUUGUAGAAUUCUGUGUCAUUUGAUCCACUGCUUAAAGUAAUGGGUAUUUCAGAAUAGAAUCAGGGAUUCUCUGUAUUUAUCAGUCCUGAAUUUAAGGUCACCAUGAUAGUAAUAUGAAUGUAUAUUUGGGAGGAGCCCAAGGCUUAUUUAUCAUGUCCAAAUUCACAAGUCACUUCUUUGAGUUUAUAACUGACCAAGUUGGUCUGGCUCUAAGAACACUAGUUCUCAAAAUGUUUGCAAGGUUUUGUUUGGGGUAGACUAAAUGUCUGCCAGAGGGAGGUUAUUAAUAAUGUGAAAUACCACAUUAAUAAUGAUCUGGCCAAUAUAUUCUGAAAAGUCACUGGUUUUAAAAAAUAAUAUUUAGUAUUUUAGUGUUGCUUUUGUUUUAAUCUGGACAAGAGAUCAAAGCAACGAUAAGUGCUUCUUAGAAUUUACGCAAAGAUUUUGUCUAGGGCAGAAUAUUUAAGUGUCUGUAGAUGGAUAUAGUAGCCUUGAAGAAAGAAGUUUGGUAACUACUCUAGGAGCUGAACACUGAGUGUAAAUUCUCAGUAUAGAAAUCAUGUGAGCUUGUUGAAUCAAUAAACAUUUGGAAAAAAAUGUUUAAAUCUAAUAAGAUGACCAACCCAAAGUAAGCCUUCAUCAUGUCUUCUGGUGUUAAAAAUUCUUUCUCUUCUUUUUAUUAAUGUAACAUGAUGUUUUCCACCUUAGAAGAUUGCAAAAAUGUGUACAACAGUUGUUUAUUUCUCCGUAGUGUGAGCUCUCAAUGAUAGGAAUUACCAAAAGUUCCAGUUCUGGAUUUUGUCCUGGAAAGGUAUUAUGAAAGCUAGUAACUUGUUUUUCUUUUCAGAAAGUACAGUAAUCUUAAGAAGGGAUAUUAAAUGGAUUGGUGUUACACGUCAUCAGUCAAAUCUAGAGAAUUGGCUAAAAGUUAGCUAUCUUAUUGAAAAGGUUUAGUUUUUGCCUAACAUUGAUAGUUGAUACGUCAUCCAUUUAUUUCACGACUACUGAGUAUUUAAUGUGUUCGGAGUUAGAAAUAACAAUAUUAGUAAGUCGUGAUCAUUAUCCUCAAAGAAUUCAGAUUAGAUUCCGGGAGGCAAUAAUAGAAUUUUAUAGUAGUGCUAAUCAUCAAAUCUUCCCGAAAUGCCACUGGAAAUUUAAAAGGUGUUUUGUGCUCCUGUUGCAGCGCUUUAUUGGAACACAUGAAUAACGGGUAUGAUUUAGAUUUACUCCUGGAGAGCAGAAAAGUUUGUAAAUUGUGUCCAUGAUUUUUUUUGUUUAGUUAACUAAAAAUAAGUUUACUGUCCACUGGAUAUGGUCAGAGUAACUUGAUUUUAAGAAUUUUAACCUAUACAUAGUUCAAUUUUUAAUUAAAGAAAAUAUAAAAAUACAAAGGUGAGGUGACUUGUGUCUGAAUCGGAAAGAACAAAUGUGAAGGUAGGUUUCCUUACAUUUUUAUUUUUCUGUUACUGAAAACUAAGCCUGUAAAUGAGAAAUCUGUGGUCAUGGUUGAAUUAAGCAGUUCUUUGAAACAUUUCUUCCCUCCCUGAAGAUAAACAGACAUACAGAUACUGCUUCGUGCAGAUGGAUAGAUUUACUAAAAAUAACUUUUUUCUCCAUUCCCUGUAACUCUUGACGUUUGUUACGAGGUCAAGCUGUUUCAUACUUCAUUAUGUCUUUUGAACCUGGUUAAUCUAGUGUCUGAUAACACGUUUUCUUGUCGCAGUAUUACAGUGUAUUCAUAUAUUUGACAGGAGCGACUGCUGAGGUGGUUGAGAAAGAAAGGAAAUAAUGGCUCCUUUUCAAAAGACACUCAGGACUACGCAUCUCUUAAGACUAUAUGGUUUAACCCACUGGCUUACCAGUCUUUUUAGCUGCAGCCUCUUUAUUUUUCGCUCAUGAACAUUUUCUUUUUUAAAAAGUUCUAAGGUGUAUAACUGCCAGCUGGAACUUCAGUCAGGAAGAGAGAACUGAAGUUUACAUGUUGAACUGGUUAUAAUUUCAGUCAAAAAUAAAUGACAGAAGAGCUAGUACUGAAUAUCUCCAGUGGGCUGUCAUUGUCUGAAGUCAUUGAAACUUAACCCUGCAAAGUGUAAGUGUGGAAAUGGAAGUACAGAGAUAUUUUGGUCUAGCCUCCUAACUAGUAGUAGCCAAUCCGGUUUUGAACCCAGCCAAUACCAGAGCUUACAUUUUAACCACCACUGUGUACUACCUUGUGAAUUUUACUCGCUCCGUGCAGUUUUACCGGGUAGAUGUCAUUCGGCUUCUUUGAAAUAUCGAAUAAAUGGGAUACUACUAUCUAGUUAAAGUUAGACUGGUGGUUCCCCCAGCUCAGAACUAUAGAUGGGGCCAAAAGCUAGUUUUAGGAAUAAGAGCAAAAGAGCUGUUUUGUGUUGUGAUAGUAAAACUACUGACAGCCACUGAAUAACUGUACAACUUGCCCCUGGAAAUAAAAGCUAACUGUGUAGCCUCCAUUCAUUGAAUAAUGCUUCUUAAACUUGUUUGUGGUUUUUCAGACUACUCUCUUUUUUUGUACUUUUGACAGAAGUCACAAACAUCUUGUGUUUUGAGGUUUCCUUUUCUAGCUUUAAAACAUCUCCUAGUUAGAGUUUCAGGAUUCAUUUUCAAUUACUUU